UCACACAGCAACUGACUCAGAGUGGAAGAAGAAGAAGACGAUUGCUGGCUAUAUUUUUUCCACGACGAAACGAAUUAAUUUAUAAAGUAAUCGGCCCUUGCUGCUGCCCGAAAAGCAAUUAGAACGUGUGUGCAACGACCAAUAUUUGUUUAGUAUCGACAACGCAGGGCUACGCCUGCAAUAGGAGCCACUAAAACCCCUGGCCCAUCCCAGUAUCAACAAAAGAGGGGAGAGAGUGCGCAAGAGAGAGAGAGAGAGGUCAGCAAACUCGCAAUUAAAAAAAAGUAGACACGUACGAGAGUUGCACAGGCGGCGUACGUAGGGCGAGCAACGUAGAUCGAAGAAAGCAGGGCAGAGCAGAGCAGAGACGCAGACGACAUCGCAAGAACCAUGUCAUCCGGCGACUUUGGCAAUCCGCUGAGGAAAUUCAAGUUGGUUUUCCUGGGCGAACAGAGUGUGGGCAAGACGUCGUUGAUUACACGCUUCAUGUAUGACAGCUUCGACAACACCUACCAGGCGACCAUCGGUAUUGAUUUUCUAUCCAAGACCAUGUACCUUGAGGAUCGGACAGUGCGCCUCCAGCUGUGGGAUACUGCGGGCCAGGAGCGCUUCCGUUCGCUGAUACCCUCCUACAUACGCGACUCCACGGUGGCUGUGGUCGUCUACGACAUCACCAAUACGAACUCAUUCCACCAGACCUCCAAAUGGAUAGAUGACGUUCGCACAGAGCGCGGCAGUGAUGUCAUCAUUAUGCUUGUGGGCAACAAGACGGAUCUGUCCGACAAGCGGCAAGUCUCCACCGAGGAGGGGGAGCGCAAGGCGAAAGAGCUGAAUGUGAUGUUCAUUGAGACCAGCGCCAAAGCCGGUUACAAUGUGAAGCAACUGUUUAGACGCGUGGCGGCAGCGCUGCCCGGUAUGGACUCCACUGAGAACAAACCCUCCGAGGACAUGCAAGAGGUUGUGCUUAAGGACUCGCCCAAUGAGACAAAAGAUCCCGAAGGCGGUUGUGCAUGCUAGAACUUAGUGUUCUAGACACCACCCCAACCCAAGUCUCAUCCUCCGCUACGACAACAACAACAACAACAACAGCAGCAGCAGCACACACACACACACAGACGCUGGCAACGGGUGUGCGUGGGUAGUAGGGUGUUUGUGUGGCUGGAUCAGCAGCAGUGUAGUGGACAGAGGAUGCGAAACCUCCAAGUAAACAUCUAAACACACACACACAUACACAAUUUUAUGUUUAAGUUUAUUUAUAAAGUAAAAAAUGAUAGCAAAAAGCAGAAAAAAUAGACUAAACCAACAAACAAAAGAAAAAGAAAAACAAAAACAAUUAACGAAAUCGGCUAACUAAUUAAUGUUAAUUAAAUAAUGCAAUGCAAUAUUAAGCGAGCUAAUCCUGAGGCAGGCCUGAGAUGCAUAGGGCAAACCUACCCCCACUCCCACUCCCACUCGUUGAAAUGAGAGAGAUCAGUUAUCAAGAGAACGAAACGAACACUUUCCAUACACAUUCACAUCUCACCCGUUUCCCUGCAAAGACAGACAGACAGACGCACGCCUCCCCUAUUCAAUUAAACGACAAGCAAAUGCUGAGAUGCCUUAGAAGAACUUGCACGCUUUUAUGUACUUAAAUCAGGCCAAGCGGUAGACAAAGAAAGAUCCAAACGGUUACCGAUCCAACAUUCCAUUUGGCAUCUCCAUACGAAAAAGCAAAGCGCAUUAGAUACCACUGAGAGCCAGCCCUGUGUUCAAAAUGAUUCCACGGCUAAGCAAAUAGUUUUUUUUUUUUUUUUCCAUUUAUAGCCCCCCUUCUGUUUGCGGCUUUUGUUUUGCGCGUUUUUGACUUGGUUUUUGUGUUUAUAGCUCGUCGUCAACUGCAAACGAAACAAAAAUAAAAAACAACUGGAAACCAUUGAUGGCAUAGGACUUGGCCACGUGCAUCUUAUGAAUAAAUAUAUAAAGAUAUAUAUAUAAUAAAUAUUUAUUAUGUAUUUUUAUGACAAAAAUAAUGAAACAGACAGACAGAUAGACAAGGCGGGCCAAGGCAGAGGGCUGAGUAAAACAUUUAAUAAUAUUAUUAACGAUUUUUUGCUUCGAUUAGCGAGAGAAAAUUUGUGCAUUUUUUACGCGAAAAGCAUACAAAUGGCUUACAAAAUUUGAUAAUUGAAUAAAAGAAAGAAAAAAAACACAAAACAUAAAAAACCUAUGAAUGCAAUUUUUAAUAAAAAUCAAAAUUAUGAAAAUGAAAAAAUAUACACGAUAUUAGUAAUAAAUUAAAAACAAAACAAAAACAACUUAAAACCCCUAAUAAGAGUGACUCAUAAAAUCAGUAGGGUUCGUGCUUCGGUACGCUGCAAUUUGGGGCGCCAUAUCUUAUCGGGCGUGAAUGUUGUUAACUGAUUCAGGCAGGGGACUGGAAGUGGAACUGGGACAUGUGGUUGGGGUGACAUGAAAUUCCAUAAAUACGAGGCAUAGUACUUUCUUUUAUUGUUUGUUUUUAUUUCUGAAUUCCGGUUUCAUAAGCGUAGAUUACACAUUGAGAAAGAAUAAAAAUGCCAACUAGUUUGCUUUGCAAAAUAUUA